UCUGAAAGAAAUAGCAGUUUAGUUAGGUUGAUAAAACUAAAUUCAGUUAUGUGGAACAAAUGCCUAUGAAUUCAUAAAAAAAAAUGGUUUAGUUUCCCUAGAGACUAUUAUGUCACAGGAUAACAUCAAAGCCUAUUGGUUGAUUUGAGACUACAAAAGACGUUGGUUGUACGGAAGGGUUUGCAGUUUCUCAUGAAACCUUCUGACACACAGUGUUGUUUGGGAGCCAUACAUGUCCUGACUGCAUGCUGAUAUACUUAAAAAAUGGAGGGAUUUUUUAUAACUACACUCAUUGUUACCUGUGUGGUUUACACUGAGGCCCAAAGCUAUUAUGAAUAUGGGUUGAUUGAAACAUGUGGGGAUGGAGCAGAUCAAAAUGAAUUCCUCAUCACAUUUAAUGCUGAUCUGGUGGGACACGUGGACUUCAAAGAGAAGAAAGAAGUUCUCACGUUACCUGAUUUUGCUGGACCUGUUCAGGUUCCAUGGCUAUAUUUGGAUGCGGAAAAAGCCUCAACUCAAUGCCAAAACAUAGUUAAAGUGUUGAAUGGGUUGUAUGCGAACUCAUCAGAGCAACUUGAUCCUCCCUGGAGUUCAAUUUACUCCAAAAGUGAUGCAGAGUUAAACGUUGAAAACACAUUGAUCUGCCAUGUUACUGGAUUUUUUCCUCCACCCGUUACAAUCACAUGGACCAAAAACAAUUUAAAUGUGACAAAUAGCACAACCCUAAGCCAGUAUCACCCAAACCAAGAUGGGACCAUGAAUGUGUUUUCUAAAUUGAGUUUUAUUCCAGUGGAAGGAGACGUAUACAGCUGCACCGUGGAGCACAAAGCUCUCGAGCAACCUCAAACUAGAAUAUGGGACGUAGAGAUAAAGGAGUCCAGUAAUGGUCCAUUAGUGUUCUGUGGAGUUGGACUGGGUUUUGGACUGAUAGGAUUGGCUGUUGGAAUUUUCUUUAUUAUCAAAGGAAGCAACUGCAACUCAUACUGACAACAACUGGAGCCUUAAAAUGAUCUGUAUGAGUUCUGGGGUUUGGUUCUCAUGUGAAAGUGAAAUACAGAGGUGCUAAUGUUCUGUAUGACUUUAACACAUGUUAAGCCAGGGCACUAUAUUAUAAUACUAUAUGGAUGGCCACUGUUUUGUUAUAUAUAACAGAGAACAUCAGGGUGCAUGGAUGUUUGUUUAAUACUUACUGCUGGAAUCUUCCAGAAGUACAGUCUUCAUAUUAAGACAUGCUAUAUUAUACUGUAGUUCACUAUCACAACAUAUAAAGUGGCACAACAAAUUCAAUAGAGAUAAAGCUCAACUAAGCUCUAUUGUGUUUUUGUAACAAAAACUACUCUUCAUGUAACUUAUUUAUUUAAUACUGUAAAAAGUCUGUAUAAUAGGUUAUGGUUUUGAUAUUGAAGAAUGAAAUCUGACAUACUGUAUGUACUGUUCUUAAGAAUGGCAGUUAAAUAGCAAGACCAAGAUUU